AUGCGACAAUGGGGCGUGAAGCCUGUUGAGGAGGUGCCAGCAACAGGAGAUUCUACACCGCCUGUCGAAGCGGCGGCAAUAUCGAGAAAUCAGCCGGCGUCGUCAGCUUCCGUUACAUCUCAACCGGAUUCUGGCUGCACAUGUCAGGUGAAGCGGCUGUCAGGCGUGGUGGACGACUGUUGCUGCGAGUAUGAGACAGUGGACGAACUCAACUCGCACGUGUUACAGCCGCUGCUGACCCAGCUCGUCAACACCACCUUCUUCAAAUACUUCAAGGUUCGUCUGUGGUGUGACUGUCCUUUCUGGCCGGACGACGGCAUGUGCCACUCCAGAGACUGCUCUGUGGGGGAGUGUAAGGACGACGAGGUUCCCCCCGCCCUCCGCUGCCCCUCCCCACCCGCACCCUCGCUGCUCCCUGCUGACGUGGACGAGCCACGCGACGCUGACCUGGACCCGAGUGCGGAUGAGUCAGCGUCUGCUGAGUCAGCGGCGGGGUCGGUGGAUAGAACGGUGGAUCGGAGCGCGUUUCAGGCAUGGGUGGAGGCGGAUAACCCGUGGACGUCUGAUGAUGAGAGUGACACAGCCUCCCAGGUGUAUGUGAACCUAGCCCUGAACCCAGAGCGCUACACAGGGUACGGGGGCGACUCAGCGCGGCGCAUCUGGCAGGCCAUCUACCAGGAGAGCUGCUUCCAGGACGGCACCAGGGAUGAAUGCACGGAGAGGCGCGUGCUGUACCGACUAAUUUCGGGUCUGCACCAGGCCAUAUCAGUGCACGUGGCCGCGUCGCAAAUAUGGGACUCAGCAGCUGGGAAGUGGGGCCCCAACAUCACCAUCUUCCACCACCGAGUGGCCAAGUUCCCUGAGCGCCUCGCUAACCUCUACUUUACCUUCCUCUUUGUGCUGCGCGCGGCCACCAAGGCAGCGGAUUUCUUAUCACGCGCGUCUUAUGACACAGGGAACCCCCUUGAAGACCAGCAGACAGCAGCGCUGGUGCAGCAGGUGGUGAGGAAUGGGAGGCUGCAGGCGGCUUGCCCACUGCCGUUUGAUGAGGCGAGGAUGUGGCGAGGGGAUGAGGGUCCGAUGCUCAAGCAGACACUGCAGGGGCACUUCAGGAACAUCAGCCUGAUCAUGGACUGUGUGGGGUGUGAGCGGUGCCGCCUGUGGGGCAAGCUGGAGAUCCUCGGGCUUGCCACAGCCCUGAAGAUCCUCUUCUCUGUUGAUGGCAAUGGCAACGGCAUCGGCAAUGGCAUCGGUGGCAACGGCAAUGGCAACGGUGUUGAUAAGUUGAGUCUGCAGCGCAACGAGGUGGUGGCUCUUUUCAACACGCUCUGGCGCUUCUCCCAUGCGCUCAAGACCACUGCUGAGCUCGUCACCCUGCUCGAGAUGAACCCUCCCCCGGAUGCACCUGCGAUUGGAGCAGCGCCUAUUGCGUCUGCCUCUGGUGGUCCUGCUGCUGCUGGUAGUGGUGGUGGUGGUGGUGGUGGUGGUGGUGGUGACAGUGGGAGUGGUGUGGGUGGCGCUGCUGACACAGUGCCGCUGCAAAAGGUGUGGGAGAGAAGCCAAGAGAAAGACAAUCAUGACUACAAAACCAGUGCUGCACAGUAG